UUUGAUGGUACAAGUGGCGGUCAAAUAAUAUGUGACUUGGCCAGAUAUUUAUUCAUUUUUAGUUUACUAAUGUGUAAAUAUUAUUUUCACAAUAAAAUUGAUUGUAUACGUUUUUAAUGACACGUAUAUUAUACUUGCAUAGAGUAUUUUCAUACGUAAACUAAUGUAACCGAUAUAUUUUGCUCUUAAUAAUUAUGAGUUCUCCAAAAUUAUUAGAUUUUUUUUGUGUAUUUAUUUAUUUGCUUCAUUUAUCAUUAGGGCAAUAUGCACAGGCUCCGCCAGGUGUAAAUCCCCAACUGUAUCAACAGCAACAAGUUCCGCAGCAUAUACCUUCAGCACAGAAUAUUCCCCAUCAACAAGAAGUGCCUUACCAACAACAUCCACAAGCUCAACAACAACACCAAUCGAGUUAUGGAACUCAAGAUCAAACUCGUCAACCUCACACGCCUCAUCAUCAGCAGCAAGUGUUGCAUGCGUCAAAUAUGGCUGAAGAGAGCGAACACAUAAAAAAACACAUGGAAAUGCCACUAGAUACAAGUAAAAUGUCAGAACAGGAAUUACAAUUCCAUUACUUCAAAAUGCACGAUGCAGAUAAUAAUAACAAAUUAGAUGGAUGUGAAUUAAUCAAAUCACUUAUUCAUUGGCACGUUCAAGGUGGCAAUGAUCCAGCUCGAGGCAGUGCACCGCCGCCCGAAGAUAAAGUUUUUACAGACGAAGAACUAAUGCAGCUUAUUGAUCCAAUUUUAACUAUGGACGAUGCCAAUUUUGAUGGAUUCAUUGAUUACCCAGAGUUUGUUAUAGCUCAAAAUAAAGCAGCUAACAGUCAUAAAAAACCAGCAUAAAUUUGUUCAUUAACAUCUCUACGUUUUCUUCAAUACACUCGGUUGGUGGCUUAUCAAGUUUACGUCCGAUGAAGAUUAGUCCAAUCAACGUUAAACCUAAUAUAUGUUAUAUAA